AUGCCCCAAAAGGAUGAUGAUGACGACGACGAUCAAUUCGAUGUCGAUAUGACCAUUCUCGAUUUUCUGGCCUACAAAACCACCUCCCUUGUUUUCGAAUGGAGGUCAACCUCGAACCCAUACCAGUCCGACCUGCCAAGCGCACUCGUUACCAUGACUGCUGAGUGGAGGAAUCUCCUAAAACAUAGAUACGACGGACGACGUCUCAACGAACAAGCAGCAUUUCGUUCCCGCCUUCUGCAGUUUGUCCUUUUGUUCACCCACCGUUUCAAUCAUGACAAGACUUGGACCAAUGAAGAAUCACUCAACGACAUUCGCGCUCAAAACAAAAAACGCGGGCAAUACUGGAACCAACAAGCUCUCGGCUCGGCCGCUCUACGAAACUCUUUCGAUACGCACAAGUCGUUCCCACUCUCCGAUGGUGCACUCGCUCAAAACCGCCACGAGCUGGCCUCCAGUUUUGGCAUCCCGCCGGACCGACGGAGAUGGGUAACAGAUCUGGAGGGUACGCCAUCACUGCAUUGCUUGCUACCCCUCUUUAUCGAACUUACUGCCGCCCGCGCCGACCUGGAUGACGGCUGGAGACCUACCCAGGAGUGGCUUCAUCUUGCUGUUGAAUUCAUGCUCCAGUCGGUUGUCGAGGAAUACCUACUCAAUGGCGCGUUUGGGAACGACCCCUUCAACACCAUAUUCGCUUUCGGUUGUCCCAGAUUGGGAGCGGCAGACGGACAAGGCUCUGAUAUUCAAGCAAUGCGAAGCCUGUUCUGUGACGAAAGUGACCCAACGAAGCAAGUGCAUGGUUGGGCCAAGCUCAGGCGAGAAUACAUCAACGAGUUAUUACCACGCCCCGACACCUCGGAAUCAUUCUUGCAGGCCAUGCAGCGUGCUCAGUCGCAACACCCGUAUCAAAGGUUUGAAGACCAACUGCUUGACUUCCUCAAGCACCUUCACGACGGCCUCGUCAAGCCAGACUUGGUUCAGGUUGAGGAAGGUCGAAUCACCAUUCAUGGUAAUGAGCUUGACGAGGCCGAGUCAAGGGCGAUGAUCGAACGUAUGGGUCUGUGA